GACACAGAGAGACAGAGACACAGAGAGACAAAGACACAGAGAGACAGAGACACAGAGAGACAGAGACACGGAGACAAGGAGACAGAGAGACACAAAGUCAGGAUGUUUGCGCUGCUCUGCUGUUUCUCCUUCAGUCUGCUGCAUCUCUCUUCUUCGUUGGUGCAUGGUAACCUCCAGCUGGAUGACGUUGCACAUGCUGGUCGCCGUGGCGACGCAGCGUACUUGUCAGACCUGGAAAGAAGCCACGCCCCCGAAGCGCUGCGUGACUCCGCCCCCCUACCUGUCGACGAGGAGGAUCACUUCCUGAUGGACGCAGCCUACGACGAGGACCUGUAUGCAGCCCUGCAGCCGGCCAUGCGGUCCCCCCGCCGCUGCAUCCCCCACCAGCAGUCGUGCCUGGGCUACCCGCUGCCGUGCUGCGACGCCUGCGACACCUGCUACUGCCGCUUCUUCAACGCCAUCUGCUACUGGCCGCCGCGUGGGCCCCGCGCCUGCCCCCCCCGCCGCACCUGA